AUGGCCAAGGGAAGGGUUUGUCUCGCCUACUCUGGCGGUCUUGAUACCUCGACCAUCUUGAAAUGGCUUAUCGAGGAGGGCUACGAGGUCGUGUGCUUCCUUGCCAACGUCGGACAGGAUGAGCCCUGGGAGGAGGUAGAGAAGAAGGCGCUCAAGAUCGGCGCGUUGAAGAUGGUUAUACUUGACCUUCGCCGGGAAUUCGUCGAAGAGCUGUGCUUCCGCGCGGUCCAGUGCAACGCCAGCUAUGAGGGCCGUUACCUGCUCGGUACGAGUCUCGCUCGCCCCGUCAUUGCGCGUGCGCAAAUCAAGGUUGCCCAGGACGAAGGGUGCGGGUGGGUGAGUCACGGUUGCACAGGCAAGGGCAACGACCAGGUGCGAUUCGAGUUGGCAUUCUACACACUCCAGCCCUCAAUCAAGGUCAUCGCGCCCUGGAGGCUGCCCGAGUUCUGCGACAAAUUCAAGGGCCGCCAGGACCUCCUCGACUACGCCGCCGAGCAUAACAUCCCCGUCACAUCCACAAAGGCAAAGCCGUGGUCCAUGGACGCAAACCUUGCACACUGCAGCUACGAAGCCGGUAUCCUCGAAGACCCCGACAAGUCGCCCCCGGAUGACAUGUGGACCAUGACCGACUCGCCGCUCAACGCCCCCAACGAGCCCCAAAACAUCACCAUCAAGUUCGAGAAGGGUAUCCCGAUCGCCGUCGUGGCCGGCGACAAGACCUACACCGACAGUGUCGAGCUCUUUGAGUUCCUCAACAAGGUCGGCUACACGCACGGCAUCGGCCGCAUCGACAUCGUCGAGAACCGCUUCAUCGGCCUCAAGUCUCGUGGUUGCUACGACUCUCCCGCCAUGACCAUCCUCCGCCUCGCCCAUCUCGAUCUUGAGGGUCUCGUCAUGGACGCCCAGGUCCGCGCCCUCCGCGACCAGUUCGUCUCCCACAGCUGGAGCUACCAGCUCUACAACGGCAUGUACUUCAGCCCCGAGCGCGAGUUCGUCGAGAACUCGCUGCUCUUCAGCCAGAAGCGCGUCAACGGCGAGGUGAGGCUGAGCCUCUACAAGGGUAACACAUAUGUGCUCGGACGAUCAAGCCAGACGGAAAAGCUGUACAGCGAGGAGGAGGCGUCCAUGGACACCCUGGACAACUUCAGCCCCAUGGACACGACCGGUUUUAUCGCCAUCCAGAGCAUCCGCCUGAAGAAAUACGGCCUGCAGCAGCUAGAGGCUGGUGCGAGCGGCUUCUCCGUCGGCCGCGACAACUUCAUUAGGGACCAGGCUCAUUAA